AUGUGCGUAGAGUCGACCUCACUGCCCCCGCCGUUCCCCUCUGACGCCGACCUACUAGCCUGUAUUGCCCCCUACUGGCCAGCUGCAGAACAUCGGAACGGGUCGAGUGUGGUACGGCGCCAGCAAAGGCUUCCACUCGCGUGGAUCGCUGCCAGCCCUGCAGCGCGCGUUGUUGCAGAGCAGCGGCAUGCGUGGGCUGUACUCCCCUUUACUCAGAUUGGCACCCGCCCCGCCAAUGCAGAAGCGGAUGGCGCUGCUAGCCAUGGAGUAGAGAACACAUUUGGAGCCGCUUUGGCCAACGCUACCGUACAGCCGAGAGUUCUGCAGGUCGCUCUGAAGACGCAUGACACAGAUGCGAGUGCGAAUGGACAUGCUGCUUCAUCAUCGCAGCAAACUGCACGAGGAAGAGUGGUUGCAAGGGUACUCCGGUGGCUGAGGCGGGUCGCGGAGGGCUUCGCAGACGUCGAUCACGCAUCCUCGUCAGUGAGUUCUGCAUCGCCUUCUUUCAACGGCAGCAGCAGCAGCUCAGCAGCACGAGGCGUGACAGGCACUGUGGACGCUGCUCGAUGCUGCGGUGUGCAUAUUGGCGGGCUCACAGUUGUGCUGGUAUCGGGUGUGCACGAGCUCGGCGCGGCCGACGCCGGCGCAACAUUGCCUCAAGACACAGCAUCGAGUGACAGAGCAGCGGAGCGCAAAGGCGCUCCUCCCAUGCACGGUGAAGGAGAGGCGGUGGAACCGAGCUCACAGCUUCUCUUCCCCUCCACCACAUCGUGCGGCGGCUCCGCCGCCUCGGUGCUGUCAGUCCCACCCAAUGCCGCAGUCUACAACGGCAUAACCAGAGGUUGUGGGGAGGAAAGGAUGCCGUCCACCGAGAACAGUGUUUUCCGUGCAGGGGCGAAAUUGCACGGCCACGACGGCGGGGCCGACGAUGAGGCCGCAAACGACCCCAAGACAGCCACAUCAGUAUAUGUGGUGCAGCUGUUCAGUGAACUGCGAAGCCAGGUAUACGGAGCAAAACGGCGACGAGGGCCUGCAGCCGACGUGUCAUCACGACAGCUUCUUUCCAGGGUAUGGUACCGUCAAGUGUUUGUAGGCACUGCUGAAGCAACUGACAAGGUACUGUGCGGCGUCUCGCAGUGGUGGUUGCAGCGCUCGGUACGAAGGCUCGAGCUUCCCACGACGACCCCGCGAGUCCCCAACCUGACGCAGAGAAACCGAAGGGCUCACGCCAGUCGUCGUUUCGAGGAACCACGAACCCUCCCACCGCCAUCGCUACACAUCAAGUACGUGACCGACGUCUUCGUAGAUCGCUGGUGGCCACGUCGCUUCAUUUUGGUUGUGCAGCAUCGCUUCGCAGAGCGGACAGCGCACGUUCCGCGGGUGGCAAAGUUGCUUCUGUUGAUGUGGGUAAUAUGUGUGACCUUUAUGGAAAUUCUCCUUCACGGUCUGCCGCAAGUCACUCCGUCCUUCUGCGCCAGUGACGAUGAGCACAGCGACAGCCGAAACAACACAAGCCACCGACGCAGCGUCCUUCCCGCGGACCUCAUCUCUACCUUCUACAAGAUGGGAAGGAUCUAUGGAAGGCACCAGAUGAAAGCUCUCGAUGUGAGUCACACUGGAGUCUGUGGCACCCACCUACUCGCAUGCGUCCUCGGAAGCAUGAUGGCCCCGACGAUAGCCGGUGACGGCAAGGCAGUUGCAGUGGAUUGCAAGGGAUUGUGGGCAUUGGACGUGGCGGGGUGCACGCAGCUGCACCACCAACGUGGGGAGCUGUAUGCCUUAUCGGACAUGCUGGACGAACUCUACCACCACGCCGCCAGUCGGGCUGCUGCGUUCUCCCUAAGUGAGCCUUCUGGGACACUCGCCGUCGUUGACCUCCUUCUCUCCCUCUCCCUACGAAAUGGUGGGCGGCCUGCGUGUCAGUCCGCCACCGGCCUCGCACUCGCCCUUUUCACUCACCACGGUCACCUCACCUGGGUCUGCGGCGCGGGGAGCAGCUUGGACAAUGCCGCUUUGCGUGAACUUGGCCAGUACGCACUGCUAGUGGAAGCUGUUGCUGUGACGCAACAGUCUCAGCCAGCGCCGACGUGCGCCUUGCGUGCACUCGACCUGACCAGUGUACUGAGCGUUGAUAAUGUGAACCCGAUGGGGUACGUGACACAGCUGGAGCAGCUGCUGCUGCCCUUCACUUACGUUGACGACGCUGGUAUCGGUUGCCUGGACGGCCACGCAUACGUGCAUGACCUGAGUGCGAUUGUGGCGCUCUUCACUGCAGUGAGAGUAAGCGAGGCAACCGAGCUACCAGACAGCGCACAGAAAUCUCUGCAGCGUGCGCUCGGUGCUCUGGAGUCGCUCAUCCUCAUCGACGAUAACAGCGCUGGGCGAGCAAAGGGACAUGGUAGAAAUUCGCGCCAGGAUAUCGUGGAAACGCUUCACCAGAAGUUCCGCUCUCACCUGUAUCACCUCGACUUUACAUUCUGCCUCUGCGUCUCAAGCGUAAAUGGACUGGCGCACCAGCAGCGGCUUGAACUGCUGAACCUAAGCCAAACUCGAGUAAACAAGGUUGGCCUAUUCGGUGGCGCAGACACGCAUCACUUGAAUCACUCGACACGAUCGCCCGUACCCACGGCUCAGCCCCGCUGUACGCCUCCCCUCCGCCUCUUCAUUGCGGAGAUGUGCGAGCAUCUUAGUGACCUCAGCGGCCUCGCUCACAUUAACACACUCGAAUGCGUCAUCGUGCGCAGUGGUUCCCUCGGCGAUGAUGGGCUGCGCGCCGUGUGCACCCCUGACAUGCAGCGCCUGCAGCUGAUGGAUCUGAGCUACUGCGACCGUCUGCACCAUGUGGGGUGCCUGGCACGGCUUCCCUCUUUGGAGACACUCAUCCUGGACAGCACUGAUGUAACCCCAGCGGAGGUGAAGCAGCUGCGUUUCAGUCGCUCUCUGCGCACCCUAUCCCUGCGCUUCUGCACGGAGUUUGCCUUCAUCGGCAAGGGGUUGAAGGAACUGGAGGCGGCAGUAGGUACCUUCGCGGCUCUCGAGAGGUACUUGUACGAAGACCUUGCCGGAGAUGAUGAGCUUCGCAGAAAAAACAACUGA